ACAGCCGUUGCACCAAUAAGGGAAGCCUGCUGAGGCUACUUGGAUUCAAUGGAUUUAAAGGGGCGGGACCAUCUGACUCAUCAGAUGAGGAACUGAGCUGAGCCUGGUGUAAAAUAGCUGGUUUGCAAGAGAAGCGCUGACAUGUGUGGAAUCUUUGCCUAUCUGAACUACCAUGUGCCACGGACUCGCCGGGAGAUCCUGGAGAUCCUCCUCAAAGGCCUGCUUCGUCUGGAGUACCGUGGCUAUGACUCUGCCGGUGUUGGAAUUGAUGGAGGGAACAGCAAGGAAUGGGAGGCCAAUGCCCGGUCUAUUCAGCUGAUCAAGCAGUCCGGAAAAGUGAAGGCUCUUGACGAUGAGCUCACAAAGCAGCAGGACAUGGACAUGGAUGUGGAGUUUGAUGUCCACCUUGGCAUCGCCCACACUCGCUGGGCUACCCAUGGUGCCCCCAGCCCUGUCAACAGCCACCCACAAAGGUCUGACAAGAGCAACGAGUUCAUUGUCAUUCAUAAUGGAAUUAUCACAAACUACAAAGACCUGCAGAAAUUCCUGGAGAGCAAGGGUUAUGAGUUUGAGUCUGAGACGGACACAGAGACCAUUGCCAAGCUGGUAAAGUACAUGUAUGACAACCGUGAGAGUGAAGACCUCAGCUUUGCUACUCUGGUGGAGAGAGUGACCCAGCAGCUGGAAGGAGCGUUUGUCCUGGUCUUCAAGAGUGUCCAUUACCCAGGAGAGGCUGUAGGCACCCGGAGGGGAGGUCCUCUGCUUAUUGGGGUGAAAAGUGACCACAAGAUGUCCACAGAUCACAUUCCUAUCCUGUACCGAUCAUCUGGUAAGGACAAGAAGGGCUGUCCCACCCUGCCCAGGAUGGAGCAGGACACCUGCCACACGCUCUUUGCUGAGGAAAAGAAGUCUGUGGAGUACUACUUUGCCUCUGAUGCCAGCGCGGUGAUUGAGCACACCAACCGUGUGAUCUUCCUGGAGGAUGAUGACGUGGCAGCAGUGACGGCCGGACGGCUCACCAUCCACCGCAUCAAGCGUACAGCCGGAGACCACCCUGCCCGCGCCAUCCAGACCCUGCAGAUGGAGCUGCAGCAAAUCAUGAAGGGGAACUACAGCUCCUUUAUGCAGAAGGAGAUCUUUGAACAGCCAGAGUCUGUGGUCAACACCAUGAGAGGAAGGGUCAACUUCAAUGACAACACAGUAACCCUGGGUGGACUGAAGGAUCACAUUAAAGAGAUCCAGAGGUGUCGACGGCUCAUCCUCAUCGCCUGUGGAACCAGCUACCAUGCUGGGGUGGCGACUCGCCAGGUACUGGAGGAGUUGACAGAGCUGCCUGUUAUGGUGGAGCUGGCCAGCGACUUCCUGGAUAGAAACACACCAGUGUUCCGUGACGACGUCUGCUUCUUCAUCAGCCAAUCAGGCGAGACAGCAGACAGCCUGAUGGCCCUGCGCUACUGUAAGGAGAGAGGAGCCCUGACGGUGGGCGUCACCAACACAGUGGGCAGCUCCAUCUCCAGAGAGACAGACUGUGGGGUGCACAUCAACGCUGGGCCAGAGAUAGGAGUGGCCAGCACCAAGGCCUACACCAGUCAAUUUGUGGCUCUGAUCAUGUUUGCGCUGUUGAUGUGCGACGACAGGAUUUCCAUGCAGCCACGGCGACGUGAGAUCAUCCAGGGCCUGAGAGUUCUGCCAGAUCUGAUAAAGGAGGUGCUUAGUCUGGAUGAUGAGAUCCAGAGGCUGGCAGCAGAGCUGUACCAGCAGAAGAGUGUUCUCAUCAUGGGCCGAGGCUACCACUAUGCCACCUGCCUGGAGGGAGCACUGAAAAUCAAGGAGAUCACAUACAUGCACUCAGAGGGCAUCCUGGCCGGGGAGCUGAAGCACGGGCCUCUGGCCCUAGUCGACAAACUCAUGCCCGUCAUCAUGAUCAUCAUGAGAGACCACACCUACACCAAGUGUCAGAAUGCACUGCAGCAGGUGGUGGCCCGCGCGGGCCGACCCAUCGUGAUCUGUGACAAAGAUGACUACGAGACUGCCAAGAGCUCGAGCCGCACCAUCAAAGUGCCACACUGUGUGGACUGUCUGCAGGGCAUCCUGAGUGUCAUCCCCCUGCAGCUCCUCUCCUUCCACCUGGCUGUGCUCAGGGGCUUUGACGUGGAUUGCCCAAGGAACCUGGCCAAGUCUGUGACUGUAGAGUGAAACGCGUCCUUUUGAAGAUCCAAAAACCCAUUUCAGAAACGUUCCUGUUUUGUGUGCGUCAUGGCUCUUUUUAAUGCAAUUGUUACUCUGGUACACUAAACAUGUACUGUAUCUGUCUCUUUUCUCAAAACACACAUCUGAAGACAUUGUUAUAUCAUAGAUAUUUUUUUUUUUUUUUUGGGGGGGGGGGGGUCAGUGGUGGGAUACUUGCUGCUGGUUUUACAUUUAAUUCAGCUGUUGUCAAGAGUCUGCACAUGACAAUCUUACUGAAGUUACUGGUUCUUUUGGUGUUUCAUUGGUGCAAUAAUUUGGUCUGUUGAGAUCUGUUUUCUUUGGCAGCUAGAGAAACAUCUGUCGUUUGAAAUGUUUAUCUGUUACUCUUGUGUGUGUUGAGUAAAUUAUUAAAGGGGCAGUGCAGUUAAGUCACUACUUUUUUUUUUUUUUUAACACAGGUAGAAAUGACACAUUGUGAAAAUGAAAACACCCUUUUUGGGAAAUAAUGCCUGGAAUUUCAGCUUGUACAAGUGCGCUGGAACCUUUUACCCACAUGAUCUGAUUGAUAAUAGAGCAAUUACUGUUUAUCUGGGUAAGGGGUGGGCUCUAGACCAGCCAAUCAGAUAUAUACAUGCCCACACGAUCAGACUUAGCAUUUCAAGGGCCAAUGGAGGCUCAGGGAUGUAAAUGAUAAAUGUGAUUUUCAUUAAGUACAUUGUCUAAUAAAUCAGUGAUUGAUUUAAAGCAUGGGUGCUUUAAAUGUUUGAGCUAUA